CAUUUAUUGAUUUUAUUUGAGUUUUGGUAGCUUGUACAGAAGAUUGUCUCCUACUUCAAAUUCCUAGUUGUCGUCGAUAUUGAUACAUCAAUGAUUGCACAUGUGAUUUCACAGACAAUCAUAGACAUUCCACAGUAAAUAUAUUGCUGAAAAAGUGUUAAAUAUGUUUUGUCCACACUAUCGUUAAAAAUUUAUUGUUGAUAUUUAAACGAGUCGAGAAGAUUCUACGCUCGCGGAAACUCAUCCACUUACCGUUGUUGAUGAUGAACAUGAGAUUCAACAUGAAAAGAGUAUUUGGUUUCGAUUCCGCCAUGAUCAAACGUCAAAGGCAUACAAAUUUUAGAAGCUCAGCUCUUUCCACCAAAGAAAAUGACGAGAAAGAAAAAAUCGAGUUGUCAAAAAUUUACGAUGUGACGAACGAAGUAAAAGGAAAUAUUUUGAUUGCUGGCGGUUUGCCGAAUGAUUCCCAGAAAAGAACAGAAAUAUAUUCCUGGAAGGACAAGAAAUGGUUUGAAAUUUCAGCAAUGGAAAACAAUCGUUUGCGGGCUGCGUCGUUCAAUUAUGGUGAUAGUAUAUUUGUUGUUGGAGGUUGCAAGUCAAUCGAGUCAAUCGAGAUGAUGAAUUUCAAUUUGUUGCCCUUGACAUGGCAGACAUUCCCCAUAGGGCUUGAUUACAAAUGCGGAAGCCACAAAAUAAUUGUUUUUAAACAGCAGGUUAUUUGCAUUGGAGGGUACGACUUGGAUAACAAUUCGAUAUCCUCUCUGAUAUGUAAAGUGCAGAUUUGCGAUGCCGCGUCUGAUCUUUUCAAAGAGUUGUGUCAUAUGCCUGAACCACGAAGGAACUUUGGAGCUGAGAUUGUUGAUGAUAAAGUUCUUAUUUUUGGUGGAUGGGGAAAAUAUGGCAAUACUUUGUCCAGUGUAAUUGAGUUUGAUCCAAUGACGCACACAUUUAAGAAAAUGCCUUCGUUACCUCAUUCUAUGACUGGAAUGUCAACAGUUACAUGGAGAGAUCAGGUUGUCCUUCUUGGCGGUCGCACUGGUCAUGGGAGAUUCUUAAACGACGUCAAGAUGUACGAUAGUAAGACCGGUAAGAUCACAACCUUACCACCAAUGUUGGAAAAAAGAUUGGAGUGUUGUGCUAUUAUUACAGGAGAUACAAUCGUCGUGAUGGGGGGUCAGAAUGAGGAAGGUAAAUUUCUUAAAUCAGUUGAGUGUUUUAAUAUUGAGAUUAGUGACUCAUGGACAUAUCUUCCUUCGAUGAACAGUCCAAGACAUGGAGCCAUUGCUGAAGUUCUACCCUUAGGACAAAGGUACAAAUAAAUGCCCAACAUAUCGUCUAAAUGUUAGCUAUAACUUGGGAAAAUUCUUCAUAUUUUUUGUCGAUAAACAUUUAUACCUUCAAGGCUCAAGUAACGUUUGACUAUUCAAAUAAACUAUUGCAAUGAUCAAUGACAUUUGUUUUUAAGGUAAAAUUUGUAUAUAUAUUUUCAGAUACGGUGAACUUGAAUGUUAAAUAGUUAAUUAUCUGUAUAAAUAAGUCAAUUGAUUAAUUGACGAAUGAUAAAAUUGAUUAAUGAAUAAAUAAUGUAUUGAAACAAAUAGACCACAACUAAACAGACAAA